AUCGUUGUUGACAGCUCUGACCCUAUUGCAGCCAAGAGAGCUAGAAAUACCGAGGCUGCAAGACGUUCAAGAGCUAGAAAGAUGGAGAGAAUGAGCCAAUUGGAGGACAAAGUUGAAGAACUUCAAGAGAAGAACGAAGCUUUGGAACAAGAGGUCGAGAGAUUGAGAGCUUUGUUGGCUCAACGU